ACGAGGCGUCAGGGGUGGUCAAGUGAAAUGAAAUGGGAAUGUGUGUUUUGCGGCGGUGUGUCCGAGGAAGGGUGGACAUCGACUUCUUGAAGAAGUGGACAUUUUUUUUUAAAUAAAUAGGGCUAGCGUGCGAUUGGAAAAGGUCGUCAUGCAGCUACAAGACUGAGUGCAUUUUAACCAUGCCUCCCCCUCUUCAUAGCCAUCCCUGGCUGGACCAUACCAAACAGUUAGAAGACAGCACGACAGACUGCCCAGAAGAGCAUGGAUAAGGCGGCGCUACGAGUAAAGCAGCUUCUGCACGGCGAGGACGUCGAUCCGGGGGAGGUUGUGGACUGCGCUAUCACGAUAGACGGCUCAUGGCAAAGCCGCCGCAAUUCUAAACACGGGUUCGUUGCGGCGAUAUCAGUAGAUACGGGGGAAGUUUUGGACGUCCACUACAUGAGUUCAGCAUGUAGAACGAAACGCCGCAUACAACAGCCGAAGAAGUAGAUUUCGAUCUUUCCCAUUUUGAGGAAUGCACUAAGAACCACCAGGGCUCGGCGCAGUCGAUGGAAGCAGAAGGUGCAUCGGUGCUCUACAGCAGGUCUAUGGAGCUGUAUAGUCUACGUUAUGUACAACCCGUCUGUGGGCGACGGAGACAGCUCUGCAUUCCGGCGUGUCCAGCAGGAACAAUCCUACGGUUCAGAAUUUGAGCUGGUCAAGGAGGAGUGUAUUGGACAAGUGCAGAAACGGAUGGGAAGCAGACUCAGGCGGCUCGUAGAGAGAAAUAAAGGGGUAAAAUUGAGUGACGGGAAGGGUCUGGAGGGUGCAGGGCGUUUAACGCAACAACGCAUUGAUGCCAUGCAAACCUUUUAUGGACUGGCCAUUAGAAGAAAUCAAGGGAAUUUGGAGGGCAUGGUGAAGGAAACUAAGACCAUUUCCAGGCACUACACUGAUCCACCUGACCAUAGUUUCUGUCCAGAUGGUGCAGACAGCUGGUGCAAGUAUAAAGUGGACCGAGCGUGUGGAACAGACACGUAUAAAGAGAUAGAAAAACCUUUUCCUCCAGCUGUGGCGUAAGUCAUUCAGCCUCUGAUAAACGAACUGUCGGACGUUAGAUUGUUGAAUGGAUGUCUUCGUGGCUUGACACAAAACCAGAACGAGUCCUUUCAUAGCACUGUGUGAGAUUUCGUUCCUCGAGACCAGUAUCAAACCCCCAGUGCCGUGACACUUGGUUUGUAUAUGGCCUUGUCCAAUGUCAAUGACGGUCAAACGGUUACUAAUAAAGUAAUUUUCAAUCGGGCAGGUUUGGACUUUACAAAAAUGGCAAGGGAAGAAUUUCAGAAGGCCGAUGAAGUACGAAUUAAAAAGUGCGAAACAGUUACAUGUAGUGUGAACAAGGAGAAUCGACGACAUGCCCGCAGACAAAAGCUGAAACAAAUGGACGCGUUUAGAAAAUGCGAAGAAGAUGCGUACAAAUCUGGUAAUUUUCACCAACCCGCAAAGGUUCCCAGAUGCAAGACAUGCCAA